AUGCAAAAAAUAGGGGCAUACUCUAAUAUAUCUCCUGAACGCAGGGGGACUAAUGAUGGACGUCGACAAGUAAAUGUAGUUGAUGAGGUGGCUGAGUUUGAAGCAGUAGAAGACGAAGAUGAUGGAUCCUUGGCUGGUUCAGAAGAUGAUUCUAUUAGUUGUGAUGUUGUGGAUAUGGAUGCUUGUGGAGUACUGCUAGGUCGUCCAUGGCAGUUUGAUGUAGAUGCAUUGCAUAAGGGGAGAGAAAAUUCAUACCUGUUCACUUGGAAAAAUAAGAAAAUCAUUGUCCUAGCUUUUGGAUCUUCUGCCAAAGCUUCUAAAGUGGAGGAGAAAUCCAUAGUAGCUGUUUCUUCCAAUGUGCAAGAAUUUUCGGGUGCGAUUGAGAAGUCUGGAGGUGCGUUAGUCUUGUUGAUUAGACCGAAGAUAGAUUCUGAAGAAAAGGCACUAGUACCAUCAUCUGUAAAGGAGUUGUUAGAUGAGUUCCAUGUCAUAGUGGAAGAACCAUCUACACUUCCGCCUUUGUGGGACAUCCAGCAUCAGAUUGAUUUCAUCCCUAGAUCAAAGAUACCGAACGUAUCUCAUUACAAGAUGAAUCCAAAGGAAAGCCAAAUUCUUUUGGAACAAGUUGAAGAAUUAUUGAAGAAGGGACAUAUCAGAGAGAGCAUUAGUCCUUGUGGAGUUCCUACUUUAUUGGUACCGAAGAAGGAUGGGACUUGGAGGACGUGUGUAGAUAGCCGAGCCGUCAAUAAGAUCACGGUACAGUAUCAAUUUCUUAUUCCUCAUCUGGAGGACAUGUUGGACCAACUGUCAGGAUCUACAGUGUUCUUUAAAAUAGAUCUUCGCAACGGGUAUCAUCAAAUCCGAAUCAAGGUGGGAGAUUAA